AUGCUCCAGUGCUGUCUGUGUAAACUGCGUACCCACCAGUGGUGUUUUCUCCUAUUCAACGUCCUCCUCUUCCAUGCCCUGCUGUUUGGGGCAGACUUUGUCGAGGAGUACCUCCUGCAGCCCACACCUGGGGUCUACACUGACGCCAUGGUUGUCGACGUAAGAGAGAGAGCACGGAAACUAGACCUGAGCAACGCGAGGGAGAACGUGUCCCAGGCCUACCCCAUCACUAACCCAGACGCCUGCAGAAACUCUGACCUCUUCCUCCUCACUAUCGUCUUCAGCUCCACAGCUAAUAUCAGCCAAAGAGAUGCAGUCAGGAGGACGUGGGGCAACCAAUCACUCAUCCAAGGCUUACCAGUGCGGAUUCUGUUCUUUUUAGGAUCAACUGAGACUUUUGCUGCACAAAAUGCCCUCAUGAUAGAGUCUGACCGUCAUGGGGACAUGGUCCAGGGUCAUGCUGUGGCAGACUCAUCCCUCCGUGGUCCAACAGAGAGGACAGUGCUGGCUCUCCGCUGGGUGAUCACCUUCUGUCCCAUGGCACGCUUUGUCCUGCUGACAAAGGACUCUGUGUAUGUCAACCUCCCCGCCAUCGGAGGCUACCUACUCGGGCUGCACAGGCACCCUGAGGACCUUUAUUUAGGAAGGGUGAUCCAGAGAGAAUCCCCUGACAGGGAUACCAAAAGUCCUGGCUACCUGCCUCCAGCUCUCUACCCUGACAAGUACCUGCCUGAAUUCUGUGACGGAACAGCUUACGUCUUAUCCCAGGAUGUGGUCCGAAAAGUGUAUGUAGCAUCCGCAGCAGUCCGUGCACCUGUGCCGGCUGAUGUGUUUGUGGGUCUUUGUGCUCAGAGAGCUGGUGUGGCACCAACCCACAGUGCCAGGUUCACAGGGGAGAAGCACAUCCGCUACAACACUUGCUGUUACCUCUAUUUGUUUUGCUCAGCAGGAAUGGAAAGCCAUGAACUGGAUAAAGUGUGGACAGACCUGGGACAGAAGGGUGGGAAAUGCUCACUGUUACAGACCUACUAUGGCCUGGUGACCUGCAAGGCCCUGACGUACCUGGAUAAACUGUCCCCCUUCAGCUCCAAGGGCCAAGCUGAAUCGCACGGUUAA